AUGAUUUCUGGCACAAGGUCAAAGAUAUGGCUGUUUGUUGCUGUGACAUAUUUGUUUCACGGAAUUACUUAUUCAGAACUCAGGAGAAUGAAGAGAGCUGUAGAUCCCGAAGCAUUUAUGAAUAUUUGUGAGCUCAUUACUUACAAAGGGUACCCCAGUGAGGAAUAUGAAGUGACGACAGAAGAUGGUUAUAUCAUUACCAUUAACAGAAUCCCUUAUGGUACACAGAAUCAGGGAAACCCAGCUUUGAAACCUGCUGUAUUUCUCCAACAUGGAUUAUUGGGAGAUGCUAGUAACUGGGUCACAAUCCUGCCCAACAACAGCUUGGGCUUCAUACUAGCUGAUGCUGGCUUUGACGUUUGGAUGGGAAAUAGCAGAGGGAAUCGCUGGUCCAGAAAACAUCAAAAUUAUUCCAUUGAUCAAGAUGAAUUCUGGGCUUUCAGUUUUGAUGAGAUGGCAAAGUUUGAUCUUCCAGCAGCAAUAAAUUUCAUUGUGGAGAAAACAGGACAGGAAAAGUUGUACUAUAUUGGUUAUUCGCAAGGUACUACCAUUGGUAAGUUACACACAACAGACCAAUGUUUCAGGAAAACAGGAGUAAAAUGUGAUUUGAGAUACUGAAUGUCCCUGGGGUUUUCAUUAACUCUUUGCAGGACACUAAUGUCUUUUAAAAACAGCAGCACAAUGUACAAGUGUAGAUUAUUAAAUGAAUGUCACCCCUGUAUUUCGCAGGGUUUGCUUGGCAAAAAAGAAUUCCUUCCCCAGACAGAAUGUCUAAGAAGGCUAAUAGCCCCUGUCUGCAGCCACCGAGCUUUUGCCAGGCUUUGUAGAAGUGUCUUCUUCAGUCUGGGUGGCUGUAACCUGAAAAACAUUGACAUGAACCUAAUCAAUGUGUAUAUUGCACAAACCCCCGCUGGAACUUCUACGCAGAACAUAAUCCACUGGAGUCAGGAGGCCCAUUCGGGGAAAUUCCAAGUUUAUGACUGGGGCAGUUCAAAGAAGAACAUGGAAAAAUACCAACAGGCUAUUCCUCCUCUCUACAAUGUAGAAGAGAUGACUGUACCAACUGCAGUAUGGACUGGGGGACAAGACUUGCUCACAGAUCCCAAGGAUGCAGCCAUUUUACUGUCUCAAAUUAAGAGGCUCAUCUAUCACAAGAGGAUUCCUGAAUGGGCACACCUGGAUUUCAUCUGGGGAUUGGAUGCACCUUUGCACAUGUACAAUGAAAUUAUUGAUCUGAUGCAAAAGUAUCCUUAA